AUGAGAGCUGUUUCUAUCAAGGCAAGUGCAGACCUGAAGCAACCAUCUAAUAGCUUGCUGUUACUGGGCCAAGUUGCAGGGAAUAAAUGUGGGGAACUUUCUGAACAUCAUAUUUUAUUAUUAAUAAAAUUAAACCAGCCACAGCAUGCCUUUCGAAACCAGCCGUUGCACUUAAUUGAUCUGGGCCAAAGCAGAUCCAUAACUGACUCUCAAGCAACCCCCACUCUGGCUUCUUUUGGUUUUUCUUGGAAGUUGGUUGACUCCCACAUCGCAUCUCUUGGAUCCUCACUUAAACAGCAUUCUUGA